CCGAGCGGGGGAGGGGGAGCCCCGCACGAGACCGAGCGGCCCGGGUGGGAGCGCCCAGCCCCGCCGCGGAUCAUGGUGCAGCAGGCCGAGAGCUUGGAAGCGGAGAGCAACCUGCCCCGGGAGGCGCUGGACACGGAGGAGGGCGAAUUCAUGGCUUGCAGCCCGGUGGCCCUGGACGAGAGCGACCCGGACUGGUGCAAGACGGCGUCGGGCCACAUCAAGCGGCCGAUGAACGCGUUCAUGGUGUGGUCCAAGAUCGAGCGCAGGAAGAUCAUGGAGCAGUCGCCGGACAUGCACAACGCCGAGAUCUCCAAGAGGCUGGGCAAGCGCUGGAAAAUGCUGAAGGACAGCGAGAAGAUCCCGUUCAUUCGGGAGGCGGAGCGGCUGCGGCUUAAGCACAUGGCCGACUACCCCGACUACAAGUACCGGCCCCGGAAAAAGCCCAAGAUGGACCCGUCGGCCAAGCCCAGCGCCGGCCAGAGCCCGGAGAAGAGCGCGGCGGGCGGCGGCGGGAGCGCGGGCGCGGGCGCGGGCGGCGGCGCCAAGACCUCCAAGGGCUCGAGCAAGAAAUGCGGCAAGCUCAAGGCCCCCGCGGCCCCGGCGGCCGGCGGCGCCAAGGCGGGCGCGGGCAAGGCGGCGCAGCCCGGGGACGGCGGCGGCGCGGGCGACGACUACGUGCUGGGCAGCCUGCGCGUGAGCGGUGCAGGCAAGACGGUCAAGUGCGUAUUCCUGGACGACGACGAGGACGAAGAGGACGACGAGGACGAGCUGCAGCUGCGGAUCAAGCAGGAGGCGGACGAGGACGACGACGAGCCGCCGCCGCACGCGCAGCUCCUGCAGCCGCCGGGCCAGCAGCCGCCGCCGCCGCCGCUGCUGAGACGCUACAGCGUCGCCAAAGUGCCCGCCAGCCCCACGCUGAGCAGCGCGGCCGAGUCCCCCGAGGGCGCGAGCCUUUACGACGAGGUGCGGGCCGGAGCGGCCUCGGGCGCUGGGGGCGGCAGCCGCCUCUACUACAGCUUCAAGAACAUCACCAAGCAGCACCCGCCGCCGCUGGCGCAGCCCGCGCUAUCGCCCGCAUCCGCGCGCUCCGUAUCCACCUCCUCCUCGUCCUCCUCCAGCAGCAGCAGCAGCAGCGGCGGCGAGGACGCCGACGACCUGAUGUUCGACCUGAGCUUGAAUUUCUCCCAAAGCGCGCACGGAGCCGGCGACCAGCAGCUGGGGGGCGGCGCGGCGGCCGGGAACCUGUCCCUGUCGCUGGUGGAUAAGGAUUUGGAUUCGUUCAGCGAGGGCAGCCUGGGCUCCCACUUCGAGUUCCCCGACUACUGCACGCCCGAGCUGAGCGAGAUGAUCGCGGGGGACUGGCUGGAGGCGAACUUCUCCGACCUGGUGUUCACGUAUUGA